AUGGCGGUCACUGUCGCUGCGAGGCGUCUGGUCACUGUCGCUGCGAGGCGUCUGAUCGGAACCUACAACAGAGAAUGUGAAUAUGAUAUUUUAAAGGAUUCAAUGUUCGAACUUGAAAAGGUAUUUGAUGAUUUUGUUAUAAAUGAGGAAUACGAACUCAUUGUAUCUGACGAAAAAUACGCUGAACACCGUGUAGUUAAUG